UCGGAAACUGACUUUCAAAAUCUAUAAAUUAUCGUAACUGCGCAUGAGAUGCCUAACAUAAACUAUUAAGUUAAUAUGAAAAAUAACGCCUGUAUAUAUAUAAUACGUAGCUCAAAAAGUAAAUAAUUUGAAUGCACCAAGAGCCAGUUCAGCUUUCAUUUUGAUUUGGCAGAAGGCAGAAAUUAUCAGCUGAGAGGGAUUAUUAAAUGAUAUCCCCACUUAACUAAAGUAAUUUUAUUUGCAGUUUGGUGCUCUAAUUGAGAUUUCUUUGAAUUUUUUUUUACCAAUUAUUUAGCAAGUGAAUUCUAAUAACAUUCUCAUGCAGGCCUAUGUGGUUGUCACUGUCAGUGACUAUCUUUUAUAUUAACUUUACUUAUUGUUCUGGCUGGCUGGCAAUGGCAAAACUCCAGACUGCUAAUUGACUCACUUCCUGUCAACCUAUUGACUCUAAUUGAGCUGAAACUUGGUGAUAUUCAAAUGAGACAAUACCACAUCACCUCUUUCACUGCUUUAACUGACCAGCAAGGAUAUAGACCUUAAUUAUUUACCACAUUUCCAAGUAACUUAAUGCUCCAUUCACAAAGACCAAAAGGCUAUGGGGGGAAGGCCUGCAAAUUUUCCACAUUAGCCUCUUGCUGAAAUGACUAUUUGAUCCUGAUUAUGUUUAACUUAACUUUUUAAUGCUAUAAUGUGUGUUUCUAUUUAUAAAAAGGCACUAAAAGAGUGGCUUUUAACCUUUCUCUUAAGACACACUGAAACUAAUUAACGGUAAUAAAAUUUUCUUCACAUCAAUUCAGGCAUUAAGGAAAUUAUCUUGAAGUUUAAAAAAAAAAAAUCCAACCCAUGCCCAUGGUAAUAUAAAAUUGGUAGGCUACUUCCCCAUCAAAGGGGGGAAUUAUAUAAAUACAAUGUUAGCUCACUGAAUUAAAUUGAUUUUUCAUUUUCUUUCAUAAUCAGUUAUUUCAAUAUGGCUGAUGAGGAUCUUGUAUACGAGGUUCAUGAGAUUGUUGUGCAGAAAGUUGGACAUGUGCCUUUGGCAAAAGGGGACUUUACUCAUCUCCCCAAGAAAGUGAAGAUAUUUCUUGCUCAUUGUGUAAGUGUAUACUAUACCAUCUCUAAAGCUUAUGCUGUGGUCCACACCACACAAUUGCACUGCUCAGUUUGGAAACCACUGGUGUAUUUAUUUUUUAAAAAACUGUUCACAUAAUUAAACUUUCUAUUGAACCUUUUUUUUCCUCCAUAUUUGCAAUUAGGCUUGUAAUUUCUGCAAUUAGAUCACUAUAGUGUGUAUACCUGCUUAUUUCUUUGUAUUAGGUCCAAUUAUGUAAACCUCGUGGUAUUUACAUUUGUGAUGGCAGUGCAGAAGAAGCUGAUGAGAUCAUUCAUAAACUACUUGAGAGAGGCACACUCACAAGACUCACAAAGUAUAAAAACAAGUAAGCAGAAAAGAUGGUUUGAAAAAUUACAGCUGCAGCCAUUGUAAUCACAUAAUGAAAUAUUGGUGAUGCAAACUUUUUCAGCUUGCUGUAUAAAUAUAAUAAUUAAAUAUGUAGAAAGAUUGUUGCCUAGCAUAAUGAAAAUUGCGUUAAAUAAAUUUUUUGUGUUGUGAACAAAACAAUCACAUUUUUAUGCUUUGUUUGAGUCACUGAGUAGCUGAAAUGCUUUUUUAUGAUUACCUAUAUGUCCUUACAUUUACAUCUCAUUCAGAUGUCGUCCUAUCUCUUCUCUUUGAUACCAUUCAACAAAGCUUUUAAUUAUUGGAUAAUUGGCACUAAGUGAAGUCCUUAUUUUCACAGACUUUAGUUCUUCUUGCAAUUUAAUCUUGUUCGUUGUAAUUUUUUUGUUGAUACACGGGACACUCUAGGUCUGUCAGUUCAUCUGUCCAUAAUGACCUGAAAGGUCACCUGAGUUUAUGACAUAUAGUUAAAGCUCCGGCAUGUUGCAUGGGUGGGGGGGGGGGUGCGGAAAAGUGGGGGGGGGAUAUAAGAAAAGAUAUUUUAAAAAUAACCCUUCCCCAGGCAUUUCGGAAAUAAGAAUGGGAUCAACAGUCACCAAAUUCUAAUUUUUAGUUUUAUUACUUUAACUUGGUCUGUCAGUUCAUCUGUCCAUAAUGACCUGAAAGGUCACCUGAGUUUAUGACAUAUAGUUAAAGCUCCGGCAUGUUGCAUGGGUGGGGGGGGGGGUGCGGAAAAGUGGGGGGAGGAUAUAAGAAAAGAUAUUUUAAAAAUAACCCUUCCCCAGGCAUUUCGGAAAUAAGAAUGAGAUCAACAGUCACCAAAUUCUAAUUUUUAGUUUUAUUACUUUAACUUACGUUUUGUAAGAAUUCAUUGUUUUUUAAAAAAUUCUUUAUGGAUAUUUUAAAGAUUAAAAUUUCCAUACUAAAAAGUAGAAAAUAAAAAAAACUUUUUAAAAAAGAAUUUCUUUUAAAGAUGAGUUUAACUGCACUAAAAAGUAGAUAAUAAAUUUAUUAAAAUUCACAAUAGUGAAAGUCUGUGUAGAAAAUAUUUUCAAAAAUUAAAGAAAAAAAAAAAUGAAGUUUUCUCUAAUUUUAUUGGAUUCCUUUGGCUUCAUUAGAGUGCAUUACUAUCCCUCUGCACAUACUUCUUUUUUGUGUAGUGAAUUUAAAUAAAAUUAUUUUGUAGAUUUUUAGUGGGUCUUUUGAAAGCCUUUUUUUAAAUUAAAAUUUUUAUUUUACUGCACUUGCAUGCAGAAUACUUAACAAUGCCAUGUAAUGAUGGUUCAGUUCCCUUUAUUAAUAAUGAAAGAUGACAAAACAAAAAUUGGCAUUGUCUUGGAAAGGAUAUUGUAAAUCUUUGUUUGAAAUAAAUAAAAAUUUCAAAAUAAAUUUCACCAUAAUUUAAUCAAUUAAAAUAUUAAUGAAUCCUAAUAGUCAUUUAACAAUAGCCUAAAAUGGCAUCAACAAGAGGCAAUUUAUUAAAACUUGAAGAAAGGGAAUAAAAAAUAUUUAUAUGCUCAAAACAGAAAGUACCAUACUGAGAUUCCUUAUAAAUCAGGGUAAUUUAAAGGUGUCUCCAUAUAUCUGAGUUUGUAAUAGAUAUCAUAGUAGAUUAGAGAACUGAUAGAGAAAAUUAUAGAAACAUAACCUCAUUUUUUUUUUUUUUUGCCCACUGUCAAAAACGUUUACAAACUUAAGUUUCAUCUUUUAAAAAUUGUUAGUGAAACAUUGGUAAAAAAAAUUGAAUUUAACAAUUAAUGUACCAGUAUAAAAGGGACAUGUUCUGUUUUAAAAUGGAAGUGAAUUGAUUGAGGAAUUACAACUUAAAAAAAAAAUAAAAAUUUUCAGCUAUUUGUGCCGUACUGACCCUGAUGAUGUGGCUCGUGUUGAAUCUAAAACAUUCAUCACCACUGCCAAUAAGUAUGACUCUGUUCCCCAUGUGCGUGAGGGCGUCAAGUCAGCUUUGGGAUGUUGGAUGAGUCCAGAGGACAUGAAAGUUGAGCUUGACCAUCGUUUUCCUGGGUGCAUGUCUGGUAGGUUAAUUUGUUUUAUGUCGAGUAUGUUAGUGAACAGUGAGCUUGGCCAUCGUUUUGUUUUCCAGGAUGCCUAGCUGGUAGACUUUCUCAAUCCUUUUUACUCAGAUUCAUCACUUCAUUCAGAAAAUGUUCACCUGAGAUAUUUAUUUUAAGUUUAGUUUAUAGGUCAGGCAGGAUUUGGUUAGCAAAUAAUUCCAAUAUUGUUAUGACCAAGUUGUUUUGUUUUAGGUCGUAUGAUGUACGUGAUCCCCUUCUGUAUGGGUCCUCUUGGAUCACCACUGAGCAAGAUUGGUGUUCAAGUCACAGAUUCCAACUAUGUCCUAUUGUGCAUGCGUGUCAUGACCCGUGUCUCCCCAAAAGUGUGGGAACUGUUGGGUGAUGAUGAUUUUGUCAAGUGUAUUCAUUCAAUGGGAUGCCCACGACCAGUACAAAGUAAGCAGUCAUUUAAUAAUUGUUUUAAAGUUCCCCUUGAAUUUACCUGUACUAGAUUGAUUACAAAAAAAAUGUUUAUAAACCACCUUAAAGGAGAUAAAGUAAAAUCUGCAUCAACCCAAAAAAACUGAAAGAAGUGAUAUUUGUGUUGUGAACGAGUAUACUACUGUGCCAAUAUAUCCCAAUACGUUUAGGCAGUAAACAAUUUCUUUUUUUUUAUGGGAUAAGAUAACUAAAACAAAGGGAAAUGACUAUUAAUGCAAUUUAUUAUUAUAAGGCAAAUACCUUAACUUAGGAAAAAAUAAGGGAGUGUUUUCUGGUCAGUGAAAAUUGAAGUGAUAUUUUAAUGUUUUAUCACAGGGCGUGUGAAAAAUCACUGGCCAUGCAAUCCGGAGAAAGUCAUCAUUGCUCACUUCCCAGAGGAGAGAAAGAUCAAAUCAUUUGGUAGCGGUUAUGGUGGCAAUUCACUCCUGGGAAAGAAAUGCUUUGCUCUGCGCAUUGCCAGUGUUAUUGCCAGAGAUGAGGGAUGGAUGGCAGAGCACAUGUUGGUGAGGGUUUUUUUUGGGAUGUUUUUUUGUGCAUGUCAUUAAUAGGGAUAGCAUUAUCUUAUUGGAAAUGUUUCUAUGAUGUACAGAAUUUAACCUGUGUAAACAAACUUAUUAAGGCAAGGGAUCCAAUUUGAGUAUCCACCUCAUUUAAAGCACUAAUUAAUCCAUUGCUCUAUCACAGUUGGGCAGUUAUGUACAUUUCAAUUAUUUUUUUUCUGCUAAUGUUGUUGACAUUCUACCAUAUCAUGGUUACAGAUCAUGAGCAUCACCACUCCUAAAGGAAAGGAGUACUUCGUUUCUGCGGCCUUCCCAAGCGCAUGUGGAAAAACAAACUUGGCCAUGUUGAACCCAUCUCUGCCAGGUUUCAGAAUUCAGUGCGUUGGUAAGUUGGGUUUGAAAUUUUUUCCUUACAAGUUUAAGAUUUGAGAAUCACGUUUGUUUGCAGUUUCAUUUUAAUCAUGGUUUCACAUAGGAGUAUUAAAACAUAAAAUAUUACUCAUAAAAAGAUUAGUAAAAAAUAAAGUAAGCCCCAUAAAAAGAUUAUUAAAAAAUAAAGUAAGCCCCAUAAAAAGAUUAUUAAAAAAUAAAGUAAGCCCCAUCAAAAGAUUAUUAAAAAAUAAAGUAAGCCCCAUCAAAAGAUUAUUAAAAAAUAAAUUAAGCCCCAUAAAAAGAUUAUUAAAAAAUAAUACCCUUAAAAAGGUUUAGUAAAAGCAUGAUUUAAUUUUUUUUUUUUAGGUUUAAUGUUGCUGUUAGCUGGUUAUAAAUAUAAGCAAGCACAUAAACCAUUGGCAGUCCUCUUUAUCUUUUAAUUUCAAGAAUUUUUUGUAGUAAACUUGUGUUGAUUGGAAUUAUUAUUCUCCAGGUGAUGAUAUUGCUUGGAUGAAGUUUGAUGAAAAGGGUGUACUGCACGGCAUCAACCCUGAGGCUGGAUUUUUUGGUGUAGCCCCUGGUACUAACAUGAAGACCAACCCUAAUGCUGUGUUGUCUUUCCAAGAAAACAGUAUUUUCACCAAUGUUGGUGAGACGGCUGAUGGUGGUUACUUCUGGGAAGGUUUGGAGGAUGAAGUACCCCCUGUGAGUAGACCACAAGGUGGAAAGAGCACUAGGGCAUAAUAAGUCAUUUUUUCCAUAGCUUAAAGAUUUUGGUCCCUUAAAACUUGUGUUCGGGUAUCCUAUUUAGACUACAGCCAUCACCCGUUUACCCCUCAAUAAUUUUGAUUCUUGAAUAUCUCUGUUUGACUCCCCAUUGCAUUUCUCUUCCGUUCCCUAACCAUAAAACAAUUGCAUGGUCUUGUAAAAGUCUUCCUGUGGGGUCUACAUUUUUUACAGUCUUGUUUGUUCCAUCAGUUUUCCGUCAAGAUUAAAAUGAUCAAUCUUUGGUCAACAGUGAACCAUCUCAUUUGUUUUUUUUCCCAUAUGCUUCAAAUAGGACCCUAUACCUUUAUCUCAAUGAACCAGUGCAGAAUUUAAGAUACUUCCUGUCUAAAUUCAACAAGUACCAGAAGUCUUAUAUCAUCCCCCCCCCCCCAUCCUAACAGCACUCAAAUGUCCAACAACAUUAUUAUUAUUAUUAGUGGUCUUAUAUAGCGCAGUGCCCCAGCCUAGGGCUGGGCUCAUCAAGCUGCACAUAAAAAUAUUAGCAAACAUAAUCAUGGCAUUAAGAUAACAUACAUUUAUUUAAAUAAAAACCAGCUGUAUAAAAACAAAACAAAAACAAAUGUAUAUUAACCCCACUCACCCCAAUACUUUUACAUGUCAAGCCAUGGAUGGCACCCAUCAGCAUGGUUUAUCAGUCAGAGGGGGGAAUCGGUUGGGAUAGUAGAGUUUAAACAUUCCUCUGAUUUAUACAGUAAUCUGUUAUCACGUUCAGGUAUCAAUUUCCAUUAUUCUACCCUGGACCAUUAACCCCACACAUAAGGUUUUUCUUAGCAAUUGCAAAUUAUAAUUUUUCAAGUCCGUUUUUUAUAAUUUUUUUUUUUUAAGCUUGCCUUAAGUUUCUUUAAAAAUGUUGUUCACAGGGCAUUGGCAUUACAACUUGGCUGGGUCAGCCGUGGCACAUUGGUUGCCCUGGGAAGGCAGCACAUCCCAACUCAAGAUUUACAUGUCCUGCUAGCCAAUGCCCCAUCAUUCAUCCCAAAUGGGAGGAUCCAAAAGGUGUGCCAAUCAGUGCUAUUAUAUUUGGUGGCCGUCGUCCAACAGGUGAGUUUCGGGUUUUCUUUAACAUAACCAAUAGCUAAAAAAGAAACUCUUAGUACACAGUGAAAGGGAAAUGAAAGCUUUAACUCAUUCCCUCCGGCAGCGCUGCUUCCGGACUUAAUUUAUUUUCCCGAGAAAAGGGAAGCAACUCAGUUUUGAAAUUGAUUUAUAUUUUAAAAAUAUUUUUUUAAGUUGCUAAAUAUUAUUUAAUGUUAAUGAAUUAAGAAUAAAUGCAACAAAAAAUGAAUAAGGUUUAAUAUAAAUAUAACAUUAGCGGGGGAAAAAUAACGAACAAUGGCCAAAAAAAUCGAUUUCGGCACCUCGGACGAACACAUGGUACAUAUCGACGCGCCGUACUAAAGCACACGUAGUUUUAAAGUGAAACAAGAUAAAAACUUCCGGUUUCUAAAUUAAAAUCACGCAGAAAUCACGCCAUAGCCGGAUGUCUCGAGGGGUGCGAGAUUUCAUUGCUAUUUUUAACUAAAAAUAAGAGAGGUGUGUCACUAUGCGCCGGGACGCAUUUGGACGCAUCAGGAGGAACCCCCCGAGGACGCAUUUAGUCGCAACCGUCGGGAAUGAGUUAAAUCAAUCCCUAUAAAUGUAUGUUUUAGAAGAUUCUCAUGAUCUGAGGCAUCAUUCUUUUUUUACUUGAUAAGGUGUGCCACUGGUGUUUGAAGCCAAGAGUUGGGCCCAUGGUGUUAUGAUUGGUGCCUGUGUCAAGUCAGAAGCCACUGCUGCUGCAGAAUUCCAAGGUAAGAAUAUUUGAUAUUCUUUUUUUUACUAUUGCAAGUGUUGUCAAGUACUUAAAUCCCAGAUAAGAGUGUUCAGAACCAAAACAGAUGCGCACAUUAAUUGAGGGUUCUUAUUUUGUAGUCAAAUCAUUUGUAGAGUUAGUUUUUUGAUUUGGAAUAUACUCUCAAAGGGAGCCACACUGUAAAAAUUCCAGAGCUUGUGCUGUUUGUUUAGUGACUUUUCUUUACAUGCUUCAAAUUAGUAACUUUCUUUCCAUAGGCAAAACAAUUAUGCAUGACCCCAUGGCAAUGAGACCUUUUAUGGGUUACAACUUUGGUCACUACCUGCAGCAUUGGUUGGACCUUGAGAAGCCAGACCGCAAGGUUGGUCUUGUUGUUUUUAAACUUGACAAAGUCACCAUGUGAUAUAUCUAAAAAAUGGUUUCUUAAAAUUCUUUUCCCCAUGCAAAAUCAAAUAAAUGUUAAGUCAAAGACACACAAGGCAUUCGUUCCAAGUAUGGGGAGCAUGAAAGCAGGUGAGGAUGGAAUUACAGAGAAGAAAAUGUUUUACUGCAAACAAAUCUAAGUUGUGUUUUGAAGUUGGACAAUCCGGGGUGUCUUGGUAAAAAUACUGGUCAAGUAAACUAAAAAAUUAGGUGUUAAGUUCUAGACUACAUUAGUCAUUUUUUUUUUUUUUAUGUUGUGGGAUUUCUUUUGAUUUUAAACAAUUUUUAAAAAAACUCUUUCCAAUAGCUCCACAUUUGUUAAGUUUAAUCCCUCUCCCCCACUCCUUUUUUUGUUUUUUAUUAUUAGUAUUUCAACAUGUUACACAGUUUUUAGGCAUUAAAACAAGUUUCCAAAUUGUUCACAUGUAAUAUUUAUUUAACAUGAAAUUCCUUUCCUAGGCUUUUCUUUUUGUUAACAGCCAGAUUAGACAAGUUUUAAAAGUUGUAAUCUCAAACUCAAAUGGCGAAUCAGUUUAUCAAAAUUGGGUCAAAUUUUAAUGCUUCAAGUAACUGGAAUGUACUCUUAAAAAAUAAAAUCAUUUUUUUUGUAGAUGCCAAAGAUAUUUCAUGUCAACUGGUUCCGUUUGGAUAACAAUGGCAGAUUUUUGUGGCCUGGAUUUGGUGAUAACAUCCGUGUUCUUGACUGGAUCCUACGUAGAGUUGAUGGAGAUGCUUCCAUUGCUGUAGAUUCACCAGUUGGCUGGAUACCAAAGAAAGGUAAAUGUUUUAAUCACAUUUGCCUUAACUUAUAUUGCCUUUUAUGUCUUAAGAUUAAAAGCAAUGAAAUAAGCUGUUUGUUUUAAAUUUUUUUUAGUCUGCUUCGAUGUCAUAGACACAUACCCCUUGACCUUAAUUGGUAUAUUCUAAAACUCAUCUUUAAAAUAAGUCUGUUUUGCAGAAAAUUAUUGGAAACAGACCUUAUGAAAAAGGAAUAUGUUUAUUACACUUCUCAAAAAGGGCUAUAAUUUAUCUGGAAGUGGUGAAAAAAACGGAACUGGUGUGCUUUCACCUCGGCAAAGAAAGAAUAAUAUAAUUGUCAUUGUCCAUUAGGUUCCAUCGACUUGUCUGGCUUGGGUUCAAUCAAUGAGGAUGAGCUCUUCAGUCUUCCUCAUGAUUACUGGCUUGAAGACAGCAGGGAAAGCAGGAGCUUCCUUAAAUCUCAGGUAAAAUUGUUAACUCAUGAAGUCUGCUAUGAAUAACCAGAAAUUGAUCAAUCUUUGUUUGAGACCCCCUACCCUUAUAUGACCUACAUAGUUGUGUGACACUCCGACCUGCACCCUCUUAAAUCAGCAGGUCCUGAAAAAAUAUUGUACAACUGUUGGAUUUUGUGGACCAUCUAGAUAUAAAUACAAAACACUAAAACUGAGGACAUGCACAUUUUGCUAUUAUUUUUUUUUUAAAUUUGUAAAUAAGUAAAUGCUUCAACAAAUUGUCCACCAUAUGUCAUCAAAAAAAUCUGACUCUUCUGUCAUCUUACCGACAUUCAACAAUUUGCCUCAUCUUGACUUAUUUGACACAAAUUGUGUGUACAAUUACUAGAGCACACUCAAAAGUACCAUAUUUUUGUGGGCUUUUUUAAACACUAAUUUUACUUCUUACAGGUCGGCCCUGACUGCCCCCCAAUAAUCUACAGACUGUUGGAGGACCAGGAAGCAGCCUUUGUCAAACAGCAGUAGGAGGAGCCUAAGUGCACACCUUGCGCAUGUUCAGUCAAUGAUCUCUGCUAUGUUUGUCUUGCUCCAGCUAGGAAGUUGAGACUUAAAUGAACAAGACCAUUUCAAAUUUAAUGACAAAAUUAUAGCUACAUCUGAACAAAAUGUCUAUUAUAAAUGUUUAAAUCACUAUAAUAUUGCAUGAUUUAUAAUAGUUCUAUAAACUAUAGGUUUUUAAACUAAACAUUUGUCUGCCUAUAAAUGGCUGAACUUGUGUCACUGUGUGUGCAUGUAAGUUUCCCCUUACUCUAUAAUGAUCUACAUGCAAUGAGUUGCAUUACAGUGAAUGUGAAAGCAAUGGUAAACCUUUCAAAUGAACCCUACCACUUACUACCAGAGAUUCUCAGGCCAUCCAUAACAGCAGCCUGUAAGGCAUUAGCUAAUUGUCUUUGUAGCUAGUUGUAGCGUGGUAAAUUUAAAGAUCUGUUUGGGUGUUAUGAGGCACCAGUGACUUGUAUUAAUUUUGAUGCGUUGUCUUUUAUGUUGUGAAAGGUCUGUUAUUGUUCUGAUGACCAUAAGUAUUAUACAUGCCUGGAUGGUUGGUUAAGGGUCAAAAAUGUGUUCUAACUUUUUUUUUUUUUAAUGGAGGCAUCUUCUCAACUUCUUGCCAGCAUGUGUUGAAAAGAUUUCUAUGGUGUUGACUACAAAAGCUCAUAUUGAAUGCCAUUGUCAAAGUACUUGCAAGGAUUCUCAGUGGUGCAGUUUAAAUUUAAUCUAUAAUAUUAGCUUGGCAUAAUAGACAAUUUAUUAUACUUAUAUGUUCAAUGCACUUAAUUUUUCUACACUUGUAAACUUUACAUAAGGAACCUUUAAUUGUAUAAGGUCGAAAAUGGCUUUUAAUAAAUUUUUUUUGUUUAUUCAUCCAAGUUUGUAUUUAGUAUAUCAUUCCAUGCUCUGAAAGCUUAAAGCAAUUUUAAUAUCUUGGAACAAUUUAAAUUUGCUCAAUUUUUUUUAGUUAAUCAUCACAUGUUCAUACAUUAAAUAAAAUGCUAUUCAUGAUAUUUGUGUGAAGUUUUUCAUAAUUAUGUUACGUAAUAAGUAAAUAUGUGCUCAGUCUGUUAAAGCAGAAAUGAACUGAAGGUUAUUAGAAGUGUUCAUAUAAAUUGAAAGUUUGUAAGUUUUGUUCUGAAUGUAUUUACUGUGACUGUAGAGGUAACAUAAUAAAAUAAUUAGUGAAGGAAAUGAUACUUUGUCAGUUUUUUAAAUAUAAUUAAUGU